GGUAAUGAAGAGAGGGGUGAUGAAGUUAAUGACGAUGAGGACAAUGAUGAUGACAAUGACGAUGAUGAUGAUGACAUCCUAGCCAGGAAGAAAGUGACUGAGGACAAACCUGCCACCACCACCUGAAACAGCUCAUCCAUGUUUAGCUGAAAGCAAUAGGUGUCCUAGGUUCACUUUCCUCUCUGUAGCCUUUGAUGUCGCUCCACAAUUUGGGUAGUAAGGGCCUUGAUUAAAUCUGUCCGUCUUUCUCUUGUGGGGGAAAAAAAAGCAGAACAAUGUGGUUUGCAGAUUUUUCUUGCUACACUGCACACAAUGAUUAGUAUUCAUUUCAUAUGGAAAAUGUUUGCCUCUCCAAGGCAAAUGAAACCUUGCUCUCUCUCUCCCCACAAGCUUACAGGCAAGCAGCUUUCUGUAUCCCAGACCACAUCCAAGCUAUAACUCAGAUUCCGUAAUUGUGGGUGGUACGUGUGAGAUAAAAGAAAAUACACCAUUAAAAAAAUGGGAAAAGAACUGGAAUACAUCUCUCUCCAAAGAAGACAUACAAAUGGCCAAUAAGUAAAUGAAAAGAUGCUUAACAUCACUAAUCAUUAGGGAAAUGCAAAUCAAAACCACAAUGAGAUACCAGUUUACACAAACUAGAAUGGCUGUUAAAACACACACACAGAAAAUAACAAGUGCUGGUAAAGAUAUGGAGAAACUAGACCCCUGUGCAAUGCCAAUAGCAAUGGAAAGUGGUGCAGCUGCUGUAAAAAACAGUCUAGUGGUUCCUCCAAAAUUUAAACAUAGAACUACCAUAUGAUCCGCCAAUCCCACUUCUGGGUGUGUAUCCAAAACAACUGAAAGGAGGCACUCAAACAGAUACUUGUCCAACUCAUGUUGAUAGACGCAUUACUCACAAUAGCCAAAAGGUGGAAGGAAUCAUCUGUCCACAAACAGGUGAAUGGACAAAGGUAUGGACAUACACACAACAGAAUAUUAUCCAGCAUCAGAAAGAAAUUAAAUUAUGACAGACGCUACAACAUGGAUGAAAUUUUCCAAAUUCUUUCAAUAAAGGUCGAAAAAUAAGCAUCCUCCAAGGAGGCCAGAAUUGUUGAAAUUUCAAUUGUUUUGCUUAGCACAUCUCUUCUGACUUGAGCCCAUUGCAAUUCUGACAUUUUCCAAGUAUGUGGAAUAGUGAAAAACAAGGAAAAUCCACUUGUAAAGUAUGAAAGGAUGAGGAAGAGUUGCUGGAUGAUAAAGAUGCCGUGGAUUUCCUAUUGGGCUUGGAUCGUGGGGCGGAAGAUAUUGUGGCUGUCAGACCUGCAGAUUAUGAAAGUGUCCACAUUCGGCUGCAGAAGGAAAAAGAACUCCUGUUCAUACCUAGCAGGAGGACAGUGCCUACGUAUAAAAAGCUUCCUGAGAACGUGCAGCCCAGAUUCCUGGAAGACGAAGGCCUUUACAUCGGGGCAAGACUGGAGGUGCCGCGCACCAAUCAGAACAUCAUGGAGAACAGACUGCUGAUGCAGGAGCCUGUAAGCGCACAGCCCCUGCUCCCAAGUGGAGCCCCGGAGCAACUCAGAGAGGGGAGAAGGUGGUUCGGAGAUGAUGGCAGAAUCCUGGCACUGCCAAACCCCAUCAAGCCCUUUCCUUCAAGACCACUAGUGUUGUCACAAGAGCAAGACAUCAAGGCAGAACUUGAAACAUUGUAUAAAAAGGCAGUAAAGUAUGUCCACAGAAGUCAGCAUAUGAUCGGAUCUGGAGACCCUCCCGGAAAUUUCCAACUGGACAUUGAUAUUUCAGGGUUAAUCUUUACUCAUCACCCUUGUUUUAGCCGGGAGCAUGUUUUGGCAGCCAAGUUGGCCCAAUUAUAUGACCAGUACCUUGCAAGACGGCAGAGAAACAAGGCAAAAUUUCUUACUGAUAAGCUUCAAGCUCUAAGAAACGCUGUUCAGAUGAGCCUUAAUCCAGCAAAAACUCCUAAGUCUCUUGAUACAACCCGAAGAGCCAUCAAUGAAUAUAAAUCUGAAAUUCGGCAAACAAGAAAACUGCGUGACAUUGAACAAGAAAAAGAUCGAACAUUGCUUAAGACCAUCAUAAAAGUCUGGAAAGAGAUGAAAUCCCUUCGAGAGUUCCAGAGGUUUACAAAUACGCCUUUGAAACUUGUUUUGAGAAAGGAAAAAGUGGACCAGAAAGCAGACGAAGAAGCAUAUGAAGCAGAAGUUCAAGCUGAAAUAAGUGAACUAUUGGAAGAGCACAGGGAAGAGUAUGAACAGAGGAUGGAUGAAUACAGAAGUGCCCAUCAGCAGUGGAAAGCCUGGAAGAAAGCCCAAAGGACCAAGAAGAAGAAAAAGAAACAAGGAGUCGAAGAACAUCCUGAUGACGAGAUGGAGGAACCAUAUCCUGGGGAGGACCCUGUAAAACCUGUCCCUCCAGAGCCCACCAAUCAGGCAGUAAUAGAGCAAGAGGUGAGAGAGAGAGCAGCCCAGAGCAGGAGGAGGCCUGGGGAGCCCAUGCUGGUCCCGGAGCUGAGCCUGGCGGGGAGCGUGACGCCCAAUGACCAGUGUCCCAGGGUGGAGGUUUUGCGAAGGGAGGAUGUCAAGAGGCGCUCGGUGUAUUUGAAGGUGCUCUUCAAUGACAAGGAAGUGUCCAGGACCAACAGUCGGCCACUCGGGGCUGACUUCCGAGUUCACUUUGGACAGAUUUUCAAUCUGCAGAUAGUCAACUGGCCAGAGAGUUUAACACUGCAGGUAUAUGAAACAGUGGGACACAGUGGGACAACCUUGCUAGCAGAAGUGUUUCUGCCUAUUCCUGAAACUACUGUUGUCACUGGAAGGGCUCCCCUUGAAGAAGUAGAGUUUAGCAGUAACCAGCAUGUGACACUGGACCACGAGGGAGUUGGAAGUGGAGUGCCCUUCUCCUUUGAAGCUGAUGGUAGUAAUCAACUGACCCUAAUGACCUCGGGAAAAGUGUCCAACAGUGUGUCAUGGGCUAUUGGAGAAAAUGGGAUACCUUUAAUUCCUCCAUUAUCGCAGCAGAACAUUGGAUUUAGGAGUGCUUUGAAGAGAGCAGAUGCCAUCUCAUCUAUUGGCACUUCGGGACUGACAGACAUGAAAAAGUUGGCCAAGUGGGCAGCAGAGUCCAAGCUUGACCCAAAUGAUCCCAACAAUGCCCCUUUGAUGCAGCUAAUCUUGGUUGCAACCAGUGGUGAGUCCUAUGUCCCUGAUUUCUUUCGACUGGAACAGCUACAACAGGAAUUUAACUUUGUUUCAGAUGAGGAAUUAAAUAGAUCCAAACGAUUCAGGCUUCUUCGUCUUAGAAGCCAAGAGGUGCCAGAAUUCCGAAAUUAUAAGCAAAUUCCAGUAUAUGACCGAGAAAUUAUGGAAAAGGUAUUCCAGGAUUAUGAGAAACGAUUACGAGACAGAAAUGUAAUUGAAACCAAGGACCACAUUGAUACCCAUAGGGCCAUAGUAGCCAAGUACCUCCAGCAGGUUAGAGAAUCGGUGAUAAAUCGUUUCCUAAUUGCAAAACACCAUUUUCUUCUUGCUGAUUUGAUAGUAGAAGAAGAAGUUCCCAACAUCAGCAUUUUGGGCCUGAGGCUUUUCAAGCUGGCAGAACAAAAGCGACCACUGAGGCCAAGGAGAAAAGGUCGGAAGAAGGUGACAGCUCAAAACCUGUCUGAUGGAGACAUAAAGCUGCUGGUGAACAUUAUCCGGGCUUAUGACAUUCCGGUGAGGAAGCCAAUCACAAGCAAAUUCCAGCAGCCACCGAGAUCUUCAAGGACUUUCAGCGAAAAGCAAGCUGCUUCUCCAACCACACACAGUCCAACCCACAGUGCUGACUACCCCCUCAGCCAGGUUUUAGUACGUCCUUUUGUAGAAGUUUCUUUUCAACGAACUAUUUGCCAUACAACUACGGCUGAUGGGCCAAACCCUAGCUGGAAUGAAGAACUUGAACUUCCAUUCAGGGCCCCUAAUGGAAAUUACAGCACGACCAGUUUGCAGUCAGUGAAAGACGACGUGUUUAUUAACAUUUUUGACGAAGUACUAUAUGAUGUCUUAGAGGAUGACCGUGAAAGAGCAAGUGGAAUCCACACACGUAUUGAGAGACACUGGUUGGGAUGUGUGAAAAUUCCUUUUAGUACGAUAUAUUUCCAAGCAAAGAUUGAUGGGACAUUUAAAAUAGAUACUCCCCCAGUUCUUCUGGGCUACAGUAAGGAGCAAAGUGUGGUUGCUGAGCGGGGUUUUGACCCUGUCCGAAGCCUAAGCGAAGGCUCCUACAUCACCCUGUUCAUCACCAUGGAGCCUCAGCUGGUUCCUGGGGAGUCUGUUCGAGAAAAGACGAGUGACAUGCUUAAAAAGUUUGAUUCUCAGGAAGAUGAGAAGUUACUUCAAGCCACCGAGAAGUUUCAAGCUGAAUGUGCCUUAAAGUUUCCAAAUCGUCAGUGCCUUACAACAGUGAUUGACAUAAGUGGGAAAACUGUCUUUAUUACUCGUUAUCUCAAGCCUUUAAACCCCCCUCAGGAGCUCCUGAAUGCCUACCCCAAUAACCCACAGGCAACAGCAGAACUGGUGGCUCGAUAUGUUUCAUUGAUUCCUUUCUUGCCUGACACUGUUUCAUUUGCUGGCAUCUGUGACCUAUGGAGCACAUCUGAUCAAUUUCUUGAUCUCCUGGCAGGAGAUGAAGAAGAGCACGCAGUAUUACUAUGUAAUUAUUUUCUCUCCCUGGGUAAAAAGGCCUGGCUCAUGAUGGGCAAUGCUAUUCCUGAGGGUCCAACUGCCUAUGUGCUAACUCGGGAGCAAAGUCACUAUUUAAUAUGGAAUCCCUGCAGUGGACAUUUUUAUGGACAAUUUGAUACAUUCUGUCCCUUAAAAAGUGUGGGCUGUUUAAUAGGUCCUGAUAAUAUUUGGUUUAAUAUUCAACGACAUGAUUCCCCACUGAGGAUAAAUUUUGACAUCACCAAGCCCAAGCUAUGGAAAUCUUUCUUCUCAAGAAGCCUUCCAUAUCCUGGCCUUUCCAGUGUCCAGCCAGAAGAGCUAAUCUACCAGCGCACAGACAAAGCGGCUGCAGCUGAGCUACAAGACAGGAUUGAAAAAAUACUAAAAGAAAAAAUCAUGGACUGGAGGCCACGCCAUCUGACUCGGUGGAAUAGGUACUGUACCUCCACACUACGCCACUUCUUGCCUCUGUUAGAAAGAAGUCAAGGAGAAGACGUAGAAGAUGACCACAGAGCAGAACUGCUGAAACAGCUGGGAGACUACAGGUUCUCUGGAUUUCCCCUUCACAUGCCCUAUUCUGAACUGAAGCCUUUAAUUGAAGCUGUGUAUAGCACUGGAGUACAUAAUAUUGAUGUUCCUAACGUUGAAUUUGCUUUAGCUGUAUAUAUCCACCCAUAUCCCAAAAAUGUUCUGUCUGUUUGGAUCUAUGUUGCCUCCCUUAUACGCAAUAGGUAGCUCUUUCACUGUAUACUUUUUAUAUCGUGUAAAAACUAUAAGUAGGAUAUGAGAAUAUUUUUAAGUGAUAUUCAUCACGUCAGAAAGAAAAUAUUGGCAAAUAAUGGAAUAAAAUUAUCAUUAUUUUCAAACCGUGAAAAAUAAGUGUUUUUAUUAGUAGUCUGCCUUGUCUUUGCUACUCUGACCCUUAAUUCAGCUGACACUAGCCACAGUUCCCACUUACACUAUGAGCUUCAUACCUUGAUGCUUGUCUACUUGCUCACCUUCUACUUGGAAGGCCUUUCUUCGUUGCUGGUCCAGCAGAACCGCAAUCAUACUUUUAAGACCCAAUAAAACAACACAACUUUUCUGAGGGAAGGAGAAAGAACUUUGUAAUAUAAAAUUUUUAUUUUUAAUGUUGAAUACCUCAUAAUACCUUAUCCUACAGAAAUACUGAACAAGCAUGCACAUGUACAUACAUGCAUACAUAUACACACACAU